AUGUCUUCAUACUUCGCAUCUAUCACAUCAUCUACAACCAUAUCAAGUCUCGGUACGCGUCUCAACGGUCUCCGUCGAGCCAUUACGUCAGGCGAGGAGGCAGAUGACCCAGACAACGAAGAUAGCUCGCACAUCUCGAACGUUUUGAGAGCCUACUACGCAGAGAAAGGACGUUCAUUCCCACAAUGGCUUCCUCCAGAUCCAAAGACGCCAACUCCACAACCCCGCAUGGUUGCCACCCAAGCGUCGUACCAACAAGGCAGCAAUACUUACGCCCAAGGACCUGGGCAACCGGCACCACGCGGUGGCGGCCUGGGCGACUUAUGGAGUGAUGGUCCUUCACAGCCGCCGCUAUCUCAAACUGCCAGUCUUCGAAACCGCCCCGCUCGAGGACAAGUUGCGUCCGCAAAUCUACGCCCGAUGCAAUCUCAGACCCCGCCCCCGGAGUCCAUCUCGAGACGACCGCUUCCGAGUCAGCGAGCAGGAUCAUACCAGUCAACAUCAUCCGUACAAUCACAACCACAGUCACAAUCGGGGUAUGGGAUGGAAAAGGUCAGUUCUGGUAGUUCAGCGCAGCAGAGAUUAAGAGCUCGGUUCCAUGGCGGUGCAGGAAAUAGCCCCAGUCCUCCUCCCCAAUCACAAUCUCCGUAUAUGCGAUCGUCUCGUCCGUGA